GUGUUUAGGUUUGCUGUCAUGAAAUAAUUCUAUCAUGAUUAAUCACCACAUGAUAAUUUUACUAUUCCUACAUUAAAAAUGUUGGCACAGCUAUCAUGCACACCCCACGAAUGCAUAGCACUGAGUCAUUGUGCCCCUAUAUGAACAAAGACUAUAUUAUAGCUCACAUCACCAUCUCUUUCAAGAAAACAAAAUGGCCUACUUUAUCUUCCUCCAAUUCAUCCUAUUAAGUGCUAUUUCAUCCUUAGCUUACAUCUCAGGACAGGCAGUUCCACCACCACCACCGACAGCCGCCACAACUCCUCCGUCCCGCGCAGCCCAAGAAUUCUUGGAUGAACAUAACAAGGCAAGAGCUGAAGUGGGUGUUGGCCCUCUAACAUGGAGUUCAAUGUUAGCUAAAGAAACUAGCCUUCUUGUUCGUUACCAAAGAGACAAACAAAACUGCAGUUUUGCAAAUUUAAGCAGUGGCAAAUAUGGUGGCAAUCAAUUAUGGGCUAGUGGUAUGGUCGUGACACCACGUAUGGUUGUUGAUUCUUGGGUUGAUGAGAAGAAAUUUUACAACUAUGCUAAUAAUUCAUGUAUAGGGGAUGAUAAGUGUGGCGUUUAUACGCAAAUUGUUUGGAAGAAAUCCAUACAAUUGGGUUGUGCUCAAGCUACUUGUUCUAAAGGACCUGCCACUCUUACAAUAUGUUUUUAUAAUCCACCUGGAAAUGUAAUAGGAGAGAAACCUUAUUGAUCUGCAAUUUACAUGAUCUGAUCUGUAAUGUAACUUUUGUGUAUUCUAAGACACUAGCUUUCAUUUACAAUAAGAAAGUCAUUCUGUUCA